AUUCAUCCUGCUUCUCGACCUCAUCAUCUUCAUCCUCAGUAACUGGAAUCUGCCAGAUAGAGUGUACUCAGACUACAGCAGACCCAGUACAGCUCCUUUAGUCCUUCAGCCAGAUUUACGGACCCUAGUUGUACAACUCGAAUACUUCCCAGGGCACAGGAACAACAGAUGGACUGUCACCCCUCCUCCAUCCUUGGCAUCUUAACUGUACAAUAUAAAGCUCAAAGUUUGGGCUUAGGCUAGUCAUUUGCUAGUUGAAAAUAAGACUGGAAGAACAAGAGAAGAAAUCAAAGUAAGUGAAGAACUGGUACUAGAGAGUCAAUGAUGAAGGCUCAGAAAACUCAGGACACCGCAACAAACUAUCAGGAGCACCUGAAGAGACACAGAGACAUUCUGGUUUUCCGAAUGAAGAAGCUGUCAUCAAAACAAUCUGACUUCACUAUCAAGGCUGCAGCUCAAAAAGAGAAGAUUAAGAAAAAAUAUGAUGACAUGAAGAGGGUUUUGGACGAGGAUCUGAGAAUUACACUGAGCCAGCUGGAUAUUGAGACAGAGGCCAUGGAGAGAACGGUUGAGGACAGUAUUGAGAAGUGCUACCACCUCACGCAAGAAAUCGAUCAGCAGCUCGGUGAACUGUCUGCACAGAUGGAGAAAGAUCAACGUCAGGUUCAAGAGAAGAUGUCAGAGAUGGAGGAAAGGAUAAUGGAGACUCUGAAGAAGACAGAUCCAGAGUUCAUACAGAUGGACGAAUUUAAGAAUGAACAGCUGCUCGGCUUAACCAUCAAUCUGCUGCUGUUCAUACGCUCUCAGGUUCCUGUCACCAAGAAACUCUUCCAAAGCUACGCACAAAAAGUUGUUCUGGAUCCUGACUCCGCUCACCCAAAGCUUAUUAUUUCCCCUGAGGGCGACUCAGUCACUUACACUGAUACCUGGCAGGACGUUUCUGAAAACCCCUCUCGAUUUGACAACACCCUGAAUGUGAUUAGCAGGAAGGGCUUCACAGAUGUUCGCAACUACUGGGAGGUGCAGGUUACUGGUAAGACAUACUGGGAACUAGGGCUCACAUACCCCAACAUCCCUAGGAAGGGUGGAGAGGAGGACUGCUGGUUGGGCCGGGGCCCUAUGUCCUGGUGCAUUGAAUAUUUAAAUGGCGACUACACGGCCUGGCACAAUGGCGUUCCCCAAAAGCUUACCCAUGUAAGUGGGAUAACUUUUCAGCGCAUUGGCAUAUUCUCCAGCUCAGAAGGAGGUUUGGUUUGCUUCUUGGGGGCUGACACCAUGACGCCCCUGUACAGUUUUUGUGCAGGGACCUUCACAGACUUACUCUACCAGGCUGUCUGUCCUGGUCACGACAACCAGGAGACCAACAGGAAACCACUGCUUAUAUGCGAUGCUUCGAAAUCCACCCCAUUCUUGUAAUGGAAACCGACGAGGGUUGGGGUCUAAUUCAUUUAUUCAGUAAGGAUGCAUUAAAUUGAUUAAAGGUGACAGAAAAGAUAUUCAUAAUGUCACACAAGAUUGUUCUUGUGUAAACAAAGAAUGCUGUUUUCUUUUCUAGUCCUGAAUAAAUAUGCCAUGGUUUUCAUGAAAUAUUUAUGCAGCACAACUUUUUUCAACAUUGAUAAUAAUAGUCAGAAAUAUUCCUUCAGCAUCAAAUCAGCAUAUUAUAAUGAUUUCUAAAAGGUACAUGGGACACUGAUAUCUACUG